GAUUGUGAAGAAAGUUGUCCAUAACUCAUGACCACAUCUCCUCCUCCACCACUGUGACUGUCCAUUUAGGUUCCACCACUUGCCUUCCCACAUUCUUUUAUUCUUCUUUCACUACCACCACAAUCCCACCCCUUAAUAUUUUCAAUCACUACUUUAGAUUUUCUUCCACUUGGUACCCUCUCUCUCUCUCUCUCUCCCCAUGGCUGAUCUCUAUUCCUUGUGUCUGUUAGGAGUCAUGGACCGUCUUUGGUUUCAUCAGAUUAUUCUCUUGUCAGAGUCAUCUACAGUAUUAGUUCCUAAAACCCUUAAACAACAAACCCCAUUUAUCACUGAAUCUCUUAUAGACUUGCCAUCAACUUCAAGCUUCUCUUCAGCAACUUCUCCGGAGGAAGAAAUCCCAUCAUCACCGAUUUCACUCGAGUUGAACAACGACAAAGAAAAAGAAGAAGAGCAAGAACAAGAUAAGGGUGUUGAUAAUCGGAAACAAAGGCCAACAAGAUUGAAUAAUCUAGCCACAAGCAGAUUUCGUUCACAUUCUUCGUCGCCAUCAACUGUGAAACGUGGACCCAAAAACAUCAGAAAUCCAUGCUCAUCCAUGAAACUACAGAAAUCCAUGAGCUGCAGGAGCUUGAAGGAGUUAGAACUGGAAGAAGUGAAAGGGUUUAUGGAUCUUGGAUUUAUAUUCAAGAAAGAACACAUAAGCCCAAGAAUGAUAACUGUAGUCCCUGGUUUGCUGAGGCUCGGACUACUAAAAAAUAAACACAAUACCAAAGUCAUUAACAGCAAAGCACCUGAAGAUUAUGACAAACACAAAGAAAGAGAGGAGCAGGAAGAUGAGAAGGGUAUCAUUAGGCCAUACUUAUCAGAAGCAUGGCUAAUAAAAAGACCCAAUUCUCCACUAUUAAAUCUAACGUUGCCAAGAGUAUCUGAAGCUGCUGACAUGAAAAAACACCUCAAGUUCUGGGCUAGAACCGUUGCCUCAGUUCUUGAACAAGAAGCUUGAGAUGUGUAGUGGAUAUGAUAAUUAAAUAGAAGACAUUCUACUAAACAAGGGCUGAAAGGAAAGAAAGAAAAAGAACGAAAUCUCCAACAGGUUCUUGUCCACCGACAGCUGAAACUGUAAAAAAAGGGGAGUGCGAGAGAGCUUGUAAUAACAUAAAAAGCGUUGUGUAGAAAUAAAGAAGUGGUGAAAAUGUGGUUUUAUCUGGUUUUGGUUAAUGUGUUACAAGUUAUAAAGAGGU